CAUAAGAGAGGUGAGAAAGUAAUAGUACCAGACCGAGCGGGCCUGCCGAGAAGCUUAGUGGAGAGGGGCGCAAGCGCAAUGGAGUACCCGGCGGAGAAGGUGGACGAGAUGGCGGGAGGCGUCAGCGGCGGGGGCGACUGGGUGUACAUCGCGUCGGACGCGAUGGAGUCAGCGGGUUUCCCAGCGUCUUUCCCGUUGAUGUCCAUGGAGCACGCCGAGCUUUUGGACGUACACGCGGCCUUCCCGCCGUCGUCGUCCAACGCCGCCAACGCCAACGCCACCGCGCUCCCUUCCUUCCAAGACUUCGCGUCCGGCGACGUCGGCGACCUUUCGUUGACCGAGCUCGAGGCGUUCGCCGGUGGGAUGGAGUGGGACGACGAGGACGAGGACGAGCUGGAUCAGCAGAAUGUGGACCCCUCCUCCUUGGGGCUCUCGAUCCCGCUGGAGAGUGCCGCUGCGGCCGUCGCGUCGCCGGGUGCUGGUAGUGGCGGCGGCAACGGGAGGGGCAAGAAGAAGAUGACGGCCAAGAACCUCAUGUCCGAGCGGCGCCGCAGGAAGAAGCUCAACGACUGCCUCUAUAUGCUGCGCUCCGUCGUGCCCAAGAUCAGCAAGAUGGAUAGAGCUUCAAUCCUUGCUGAUGCAAUUGAGUACAUGACGGAGCUCCUGCAUAGGAUCAAGGAUCUUCACGCCGAGCUCGAGUCUGCUGCUAGCUCUGCACUUGCUGCUGGACCAGCAUCAGCUAGCUUUCGUCCCUCCGCACCCACACUGCAGCCGUUUCCGGGCCGCAUGAACCCUAGUCCCACUGUUCCAAUGGUUGAGGUGAGGGCGGUGGAAGGUCAGAUAGUGAGCAUCCACAUGUUCUGCGCGCGCAGGCCGGGCAUCGUGUUGUCCGCCAUGAGGGCCCUCAACAGCCUCCGCAUUGACAUCGAGCAGGGGGUCAUCAGUUGUUUCAACGGGUUUGCGAUGGACAUCUUCCGCGGCGAGCAAUACAGGGUUGGUCCUCCGCUGAUUCCUGAGGAAAUUAAGGCGGUGCUCCUGCAGUAUUGUGCCGAUCUCUAGAGCGCAAUGCAGGAGAAUAAGACCUCCAGGAUGAUGAUGUCCUGUGUUUGGUCAGGAAAGUUGCUAGUUGUAUAAAACUUCAUGAGAUGAGGCCCGCCAUCUAUAUACAUGAGCGACAAAGACGACGACAUUGGUUGCGUGACCGAAUCUCUUUGGUCUUUUCGUUGGAUUUUCUUUCUGCUGUUGUGAACUUGUAUAAUACUAGUGUUUUUUUAUACCGUUGAACUAUCUCCAACUUUCUCUUGUGAAUGAAGUCGCUACA